AUGACGAACUCCCCCUUCUCCUUCGCCUCCUCCCCCGCCACGCCAAUCCUACUACUCAAAACCAAAUCCUCGCCCGCAGACGGCUACGAGGAAUUCUUCUCCGCCCACAACUACAACCCCGCCUUCAUCCCCGUCCUCGAACACCACUUCCACGAACCAAACCUCCGCUCCGUCCGCCUGCUCUUCGAGUCCGGCGCGCUGAACCCAGGCCCAGGCAGGAAAUAUGGCGGGCUGAUCUUCACCAGCCAGCGCGCUGUCGAGGGGUUCGCGAAAUUGGUUGAUGAGUUGGAUGACUCAAUAACCUCUCCCGCCUCCCACUCCCUCCCCCUCUACACCGUCGGACCCGCAACCUCCCGCUCCCUCACGACCCUCCGAGACGCGCACCUCCCCCACGCCACCAUCCACGGCGCAGAGACCGGGAACGGCGAAGCCCUGGCCCAUUUCAUUCUACAGCAUUAUCCCGCUUUUCACUCCUCUGGUCCCUCCUCUGACACUGCCGGAAACACUGCCGCUGCUGGUGGUGGUAGUAAUGGUUACGGUGAUGACGCACAGCUACCGCUCCUCUUCCUCGUCGGCGAACAGCGCCGCGAUAUCAUUCCCAAGACGUUAAUGGGUGCGGAGCCGGGUCGACGCAUCGGGGUUGAUGAGCUGGUGGUGUACGAGACGGGGGUGAUGGGGUCGUUUGAGAGGGAGUUUGGGGAGGCGGUUGGUGCGGCGAGGGGGUAUUUAGAUGGGGAUGCAGAUGGGCAAGGGAAGAGGGCAGUGUGGGUGGUUGUGUUUUCGCCGACGGGGUGUGAUGCGAUGGUGAGGGUUUUGGAAAAGCAGAGACAGAGAGGAGGGCAAGGGGAAGAAGAGGGAGGGGGCAAGAGGCUGGAGGGGAUAUUUGUGGCGACGAUUGGGCCGACGACGAGGGAUCAUUUGCGGAAGUUGGGGUUUGAGGUGGAUGUUUGUGCAGAGAGGCCGAGUCAGGAGGGAGUUGGGGAGGGGAUUGAGAGGUUUAUGGACAAAUGGAGGGGGUCGUCUUCGUGA